AGCAAACCUCGCUAUCCACCGAAAGCCAAUCCAAAAAAAUGUUUCCCUCAUACCCACUCACCUCGCUUCUCCUGCAAAUCGCGUACUUAACAACAACCCGCGCAGCAGACAUCAAAGGAUCACCCAACGGCGGACGCCAUAAUCCUUCGAAGGUCCGGCGGCUUCGCAACAGGAGGAGAGGUCCUCGCAGCGCCCGAGGAUCCCGGCCAAACGCUCUCGUGCAGCCAUGGCUAUGUGGAAUUCUUCACGCCGUGGAGAGUUCGACGGACGUCUCUGGUGAUGUGGCAUUCGUCGUCGACGCAGCAUUUUCAGAAUCGUUGGGAUGGUGGGGAUGGGUUUAAGGAUAUGUUUUUGAGGAGAGAGUACCCUGUGUUUUUGUGGGAUGGACCGGUAUGUAGAGCUCUUGGUAAUCUUACGGUGCUUUUGUUUUCUCUGAAUUUAUUUUAGCACUCCUGGCCCUUUGAUGAGAUGGGCAAAGGGAUUGUUCAUGGGCUUUCGAAUUACGUCCCAAAACGUCGAAUCUCUGUCAAAGAAAAGAAACUAACCGUCGACAUCUCCAAAACAGGGAAUCGGCCGAGCAAACUAUGGCUGUGAAGAAGUGACCUAUUCCGCAUGCUACAACGACAUAGAAACCUUCCAUUCCUUGAACUUCGGACCAUCAGCACAAUUCAAUCCCGCCAGCGGGGGCGUAGUACUCGCUCAAGGCAAGCUCUGGUGGAGCGAUUCCCAGUUCCCCGUCGAUGAUCUAGCAGCCUGGAAUCAAGCAGCAAGAGCUAGAUACCAAGACUUCAACGCGGAUGAGGACUUGCAACUCCAAGCCCAAGCCGCUGCCGUAGCUGCAGAUUCGGGAAGGCUGGGAACCGAUAUCGUUUAUCUGACCCAUUCCUAUGCCGGACCCGGGGCUUUGAUGGCGGUGAUGAAGAGCAAGAAGGAGAAUAUCAAGGGUGUAGUCCUUUAUGAAACUUCCGGGGUGGUGUAUCCUGAGGGUGCACAAGUAAAUGCUACUCUCAACCCUUCCUUCGUGCCCGUUGACAACUUCAAGAACUUGGCGAAACUCAAGGCCGUACAGUUUGUUUGGGGGGAUCAUAAGGUGGGGAAUUUGGACAGUUCAUCUGAGCAACUCCAAGCGGUUGCGGGGUCAUAUAUUGUUGCGGACCUGAUCAAUAAACUUGGAGGAAACGCUGAGGUUAUCGUUCUGCCACAGACUGAUGUGGGAAGGGGAAAUACGAAUGUCCCGUUUGCUGGUAUGAAUAAUGCAAAGGUGGCUGAUUUGUUGGAUAAGCUUUUGGAGAAGAAUAAGUUGGAUGAGUGUGAGAGUAAACCGGACCUUUGGGGGUGUUGA